AGCUUCAAUGAACAACUCUCCCGACCUGGAUUUCCGAUUCCCCACAACCCACCAAGACCUCGUCGUUUCCACCACCGCCACCCCCUCCACUGCUUUCGCUGCUGCUUCUUCUUCUUCCACUUAUUUUGUUGGAGACGAUAAAACCCACCAAAAUCCCAGGAAAAAACGCUCGAAACUGAUCAGACUCGACAACCCAGUUGCUCCAAGUAGGAUUUCAAGGCCCAAGUAUGCCAAAAAACCAGACCCAUCUGCCCCAAAGAUCACAAAGCCCUGUAGUGAGUGUGGGAAGAAGUUUUGGUCAUGGAAGGCUCUGUUUGGGCACAUGCGUUGCCACCCUGAGCGGCAGUGGCGCGGCAUUGACCCCCCACCCAACUUACGACGACCCGUUUCCCCGAACGCUCCUUUGAUUGAGUUGGAAUGGGCAAUGGGGGAAGCAGACCACGAGGCGGCUUCGAGUUUGAUAAUGCUUGCUAGUGGGUGCACUAAUGGGACAAAGGUGUUUGAUGGUGGUAAUGGGAAGUUUGAGUGUUCAAGUUGCAAGAAAGUAUUUGGGUCCCACCAGGCUUUGGGGGGCCACAGGGCAAGCCACAAGAAUGUGAAGGGCUGUUUUGCAAUUACAAGGAGUGAUGGUGAGGUUGAUCAGGAUCAUCAUCACAAUGGUGAUGUUGAUGGGGAUGAUGGGGAUGAUGAUGUGAUGGAGGAGAAUAAUAAGAUGGUUAUGAUGUUGGGAGGAUCAGGGCACAAAUGUAGUGUUUGUUGGAGGGUUUUUUCAAGUGGUCAAGCUUUGGGAGGGCACAUGAGGUGUCAUUGGGACAAAGGGGAUGAGCCAUCAUCAUCAUCCAUGAUGAUGACCCAAUUAGGGCUAAGUCAGCAACAGCAGCAGCAGCCUAGUGGGAUUUCAAAGGAAGGCCAUUCUGGUGGAUUGGAUUUGAAUUUGCCUGCAGCUUCUCAUAUUGAAGAUGCUCAAUCCUCUUCUUCAGGCCUCACUUUGGAUUUAAGGUUGGGUCUUUGAGGGGACUUAAAUUUCUGUCUGCUAACUCUCUAAUGUUACUAGCAACUUAAUUAGGAUUGGUAUAUUUUGUAACUAUUGAUAU